AUGAACAAAUUCAGCUAAUUGGAUUUAUGAGAGAUGAGGUCGUAAUUAUGUAUUCAGAUAAAACUAAAAAAUUUUUUAAUUUUCAAAUUGUAGAAUCAAGUAAAGAUAUGAUAAACCUUAAAAGUGAGGAUGCUAAUAUGAUAAAAAAUGACUAUAAAGAGAAAGUUGAUGAAAUAUAUAAAGGAAAGAUAAACUAUGAAGCUGAAAAGGAAGUUGAUGAAAUGUAUAAAGAAGAUAUUGAAAGGCAAACCAGAUAG